AUGCCAAGCACGAUCAACCCGAAGAAAGCUGUCGAGUCCGCUGCUCUAGCUCUUAACACGUCCCAGUACCGUACAAACUCGAGUGCUUUGCAUAGCAUCUACUUUGUCGGUGAUAUUCAGCCAUGGCCAGGCUUCCUCAGUGCUGUUCAGAUAUGCCAUGAGAACCGUACCUGGCGACAACAGACACUGGGUUACAUGAUUCAAGCCCGAGAUCUGUAUGCGUAUGGAAAUGUCGAGGUUGGCGAUGAACACGGUGUCCAAGGCCGCUUCCAAAAAUUCUUUGGGGACGUACUACCAUCUUCGAGUCACAAUCGACCACCAAGGAAAACAUCAACCUCUGUUUCGCAGAUUUUAAAUGUAUCCAGUCUACAUACCCCGGCACACCUGACGUGA